ACUGCGCUGGGUGUCAUAAUGUUCAUACUAAUAUAAUGUUUUGCUAUGGGCGCUAGAGAAAGAUAUUUGAAUAUUUCUUGUCCCCAGUGGCCGCCUUCAGCAUUAACGACCUUCUUACCGAUAGCCCCUGGACCGGAAGCAGUAUGAUGACAUCAGCCGGAAGCGAAAGGGCGUCAUGAAGCUGCGUGUGCAUAACGUAUGCGACCGCGAGACGGUGACGUAUCCGCUGCCCCUGCUGGUGGGUGAGCUCGAAGGGAGCGUGCAAGAUGGCUGCCUGCUGGUAGCCACUUCCGGUGAUCCGGAUGGCUCCAUCGAGUGGCCAAUCGUAGAGGGCAGCUUUAAGGUGCUGGUCCGUCUGCAGCCGGGAGAGAACGUGGUGACCUUACGCCAUGACCAGGAGUCCUUGACCCUGAGGUUGACCUAUGCACUCCCUGGAUUCUCUCACAUCGUGAGGCCUGUGUAUGUUGUCUGUGCUGACGAUGACGGAUACUUUCAGGAAAUGGCCCAAGUUUAUGGUGACAAAUGUCUUCGUUAUAAUUCUGUGACAUACUGGGAAAGAAAAUUCAAAUCUGGAUUCAUAUCGGUGAAGGAUGAAGAUCGUGGUGGUGGGCUGGCUCUGUUUGGCACAGGGAACCUGCACACUUGGGCAGAUAAAUUGUCCGAGUUCAACCGAUGUCUGACCAGCAGGAAAAAGAUGGACAGAAGGAGGUUCAUGGAUGACAGCGCUUACCG